UACGACUACAGAGCACUAUUACAAUAAAUAUGGAACAACGAACAGCUAGGGGUUGCCAAGCGCAUCCCACCCUUUCACCCCUGUCCCUAAAGUGAAGUAAAAUAAUACACUGCUCUUUUGAGGGUGUAGCUGAGUAUCUAUCAGCUUCCAAAUCCAAGAACAACAGGAGAUCGCUAGAAGCUUCUGCCAGGUCAAGACGAAAACGAGUCAUAAUUUUAGCUACAUCAUUCAACUAGAAGUAGAAUAAGCAAGCCGAAUCACAUUCUGGGAGUCAAGCGUUGUCAAAGAUGCAGUUGACCAAGAGUUGUAUUCUUCUGGUGCUGCUGAUCCUCCUUGAGUGGAGUGAUACCACUGCUGCUGAAGACAGCAAUGCAGUGGAUUUUAGAGAGGAUGAAGAUGGCACAGUGUACAUCAAAUCUGGUGUGGGUAGAGACAUUGUUAUUCAACCAGGAUACGGAGGACGAGUGAUCAUCAAUGGACAUCUGCAGGUCUGUGAGACUAAUGACUGCAGAGCUAAACUGGGCAGUCGUAAGAAUCCCGCGCGGUCAUGCAAGGCAAUCCUCGAGGAUGACCCAUUUGCCGAGAGUGGUGUUUACUACAUCAUUACCAAGCCAUACGUCACCAAGGUCUACUGUUACAUGAAGUACAUCCAAGGAUGUGGUGGAGGAGGCUGGACUACCAUCAUGAAGACCGAUGGUCACAAGCAAACUUUCAAGUACACCUCAGCACUGUGGGGGAACAAAGAGCCAUAUAACAUGCCCGGAGGCCAAUCAGGUGUGGAUAACCAAGAAACCAAGUUACCUACCUAUUGGACUAUGCCCUUCAAUAGUCUCUGUCUGGGAAUGAAAACCAGUGGAAACACAAGKGAACCAAAUUGGAUUCGCCUGAAAUACAGGGCAAAUUCGCUGUACUCUGUGAUCGCAGACGGACGUUACCGCAGCACCUCGCUUGGACGUAUGGCAUGGAAGUCUCUCAUCCCAGACUCUUCUCUUCAGCUUAACUGCAAUAAAGAAGGUUUCAAUUCUUAUUAUGUUACCCAAAGCGUACGUAUUGGAAUCAUAAGUAAUGAACAAAAAGAUUGUGGYUCUCCAGAUUCUCGAAUCGGGUUUGGUGGUGCUGGGACGAACUGUGGCACUGAUGGUACGGUAUCCACGGGUAACGCAGCGGAUUGCAAAGCCGAUAAUGGAAAGAAGAGCAUCAAGACUCAUGGUUACAUAUUGGCCCAGUAGACCAGCCAAGUGACAUGAAUCAGGCCCUUAAAUAGACUAAGUAAAGGAUAUAAAGUGUAACGAUUAAUAUUAAUCUUAAAAUGUCGCUAUAAAUUACGACAUAUAGUAACGUAAAUAAUUGUAAAGUAAGGUAAAAUAAAAAAAGCAAAAGUAAUUUUUCUCUUCCGGUCAAACCUCUUUAACUCCGGCCUAUAAACAUAUUUACUUGUAAACGAAGCUCUCUAAUACGGACACAUACUCUUCCUCUUGGGUGUCCGUACUAGAGGGGUUUUGUAACAGAGAUUAAUAAUAGGUUAGUAGGUUAAUGCCAGAGGAUCUCGGACUGAUUCAAAUCAACCAAAAUCUGUAUUAUUUGAUUCCCUGAUCCGCCCGAUCCCGACAAGUGCAAAGCGAUACCUAGCGUACUGUUUCGCUUUCAAACAAAAUAAAACUGUUAUAUUUGA